AUGGCUAGUAGGAGGUCUGCAUGUCAGAAUUGGAGAUACUCUGUUGGGCCUAGGAUCUUCAAGAUAAUUGAGAAGAACAAGCUAGGUUCAUCACAAUGCAUUCCUAGAUUGGUUGGUGAGAAAUUGUAUCAAGUGAGCCACAUUUAUGGUGGAGAAUUUGUUGUAGACCUUAGAGCAAAGACAUGCUCUUGUAGGAGGUGGAAUUUAUGUGGAAUACCAUGUCCCCAUGCAAUCUCAACAAUAGAUGUGAAAACCCAAUUGCUUAUGUGGAUGGUUGUUAUAAGCUGGAGACUUAUAUGA